AUGGGUAAAGUCUUUAGCAUUGAAUUAUCAAGCUACAAGAAGACCGAAAGUUCAAGUAUUGACGAGGAUGGUAACAAUAAAUUGUCAUCAUCACCAGCGCCCGCUACUGUUAAUAACGGUACAUCUGCUCGCCACAAGAUAAACGAUCCUAGUGAAGAACCCGGAGUUGCAAGUAUGGGAUCAAUCACGCAACGUUGGGACAAGGCAGCAGCUUCACCCGUCUCCGACCAAAACACAGACGAAUUCAUUAAGGCUAGGCCAGCCAAAAAGAAAAAGAAAUCGACAAAUCAAGGAAGGACAACAACAGAAUCGCAAAACGUAAAAAAUAUUGCUUCGACAAUCAGUGGCGUCUAUAGCAAAUUUAAUGGUUGCAGCGGAAGUUGCUUCUCAAGUAAUAUUGAAGGUGGAAAAGACGAUUACGGUACCCCACCAAACAAAAUCAGUACUGCCAUUAACUCCUCAUCUGUUGCUAGCAGUGGAACUUUCCACCGACCAACACUAGCAAACAAGGUGGUUACCGGUAUUAGUGAACUCGAUACAUUGUGCAUUUUCUUUUGCGGCGCCGACAAUGCCCCUUCCAACGUUGAAUCCAGGCAACUACGCCCCCCAAAACGCCACAGCUGUGGUGUUCACGGAUCCGAAAAGUCUGCUGAUAACAGUGUCGAAUUUUUUCUAAUCCAUGAUGGUUGGAUCCUUGGCUCACAAGGUCAACAGUGGCCCAAAGUUUUGAACCAGACCGUCCUGUUACAUCCAGAGGACCUAGUUUCGACCAGUUGGAACAAUGGACGGUCGUACUUCAAAGAAUAUUUGGCACUGAUACAGAAAAUGCAGGGUACGUAUAUAAUCGAAGGAUUGAAAGCAGCAGGAUUCACGAAUGUUUCACCUAAAAUGGUAGAGUUACCUGUAGACCUGAGACCACGACGAUCCUCGAUCCGAACUACUGGUCUCAAGUAUGCCAACCAUAUCAGUGAUAUGAUAACAAGUUAA